AUGGCUGAUGCGUGAAAAAAAUCAAAGAUCUCAUCCUCCAGAAGGCUGGGGUUGAAGAUUAGACUGCUGGCAGUUGCUGCCCAGAUGCUGCAGAAAGAGACAGAGCAGAAGAUGAAAGAAAGAGAAGCUGCUCUGGCAGAAAUAGUUCCUCCUCUAAAUCUGUGUGGUCUGUCUUUGCAAGAAUUGCAGGAUCUUUGCAAAGACUUGCACCACAAGAUUGAUGUUGUAGAUGAGGAGCGGUAUGAUUUUGGCCUCAAGGUGGCCAAAAAUGACAAAGAGAUUGACAACUUGAAAUUGAAGAUCACUGAGAUUCAGAGUAAGUUCAAGAAACCAACUCUGAAGAGAGUGAAGAUCUCAGCUGAAGCCAUGCUGAGCGUCCUGCUGGGCUCCAAACACAAGGAGUCCAUUGACUUCAAGGCCAACCUCAAAACUGUCAAGAAGGAGGAGGAGAAGAAGGAGGAGGUUACUGACUGGCGUAAGAACGUGGAGGCCAUGUCUGGUAUGGAGGGCAGGAAGAAGCUGUUUGAUGCCUCCGGCAACUAA